AUGGGACGGUUGGGGUGGCGGGCGGUGGCGGCGGCGGCCGCGGGCCUCUCGCUGGCCCUGGAGGCGCUGCCCUGGCUGCUGCGCUGGCUGCGGGCCGGGCGGCGGCGGCCGCGGCGCGAGGUGCUCUUCUUUCCGUCGCAGGUGACCUGCACCGAGGCCCUGCUGCAGGCCCCGGGCGCGGCGGCGGCGGCCCCCGCGGGCUGCCCGUGCAGCCUGCCGCACUGCGAGAGCUCGCUGAGCCGCCUGCUGCGCGCCCUGCUGGCCGCCCGCGCCAGCCUGGAGCUCUGCCUCUUCGCCUUCUCCAGCCCGCAGCUGGGGCGCGCCGUGCAGCUGCUGCACCAGCGCGGGGUGCGCGUGCGGGUCAUCACCGACUGCGACUACAUGGCCCUCAACGGCUCGCAGAUCGGCCUGCUGCGCAAGGCGGGGAUCCAGGUUCGCCACGACCAGGACCUGGGCUACAUGCACCACAAGUUCGCCAUCGUGGACAAGAAGGUGCUGAUCACGGGCUCGCUCAACUGGACCACGCAGGCCAUCCAGAACAACCGGGAAAACGUGCUGGUCAUGGAGGACCCGGUGUACGUGCGCCUCUUCCUGGAGGAGUUCGAGCGCAUCUGGGACGAGUUCAACCCCGCCAAGUACACCUUCUUCCCGCAGAAGCGGGCGCGCUGA